CAGGUAAGGCUGUGUCAAAUGCAAUCAGCUCCACAUUAGGACUUCCUCCCUUUCUCCCUGCUCGGCUUGACUUCCGCUCACGCUCGGUCUCGCGACUCCGCCGGCAACUGCUGAAGCAUUCCGAAAGGAGCUGACGUCAAGGGGGAAGGGCACGGGCCGUCCCGGCGUAUAUAUAGCCCUGCACCCCUGUCCAUUCAUAACGCAACUCUGGAUCUACAAGCCUACGCAGAGAAGCUCCUUCAUCGGAGUCUUCGGACAGCUGAACACAAGCAGAACGGAUUUUACCACAUCUGCCGGUUACUCGUAAAAAAAGAGACUCUGACGAAGCAACUUGAAGUUUCACAAACAAUGAAAAUGUCGGCGGAGGAGAUUUCCCAGAUCCUGAAAGAGGGAGAGCUGGAGAAGAGGAGCGACAACCUUCUCCAGUUCUGGAAAAGGAAAACUUGCGUGCUGACUACGGACAGCCUGAACAUCUACGCCGACACGCAGAAGCGCUCCAAGAGCAAAGAGAUGAAACUUCAGUCCAUCAAGAAGGUGGACUGUGUGGAGCGCACCGGGAAGUUUGUCUACUUCACCAUCGUUACUAUGGACAAUAAGGAAAUCGAUUUCAGGUGUUCCGCAGAGGACAACUGCUGGAACGCCGUGAUCACCAUGGCGUUGAUAGAUUUCCAAAACAAAAAGGCUAUCCAGGACUUUAAAACGCGACAGGACAACGAGAGCGCCUCGCCUGGGCAGCAGGAAAGACGUCUGGCCAGGGCGCCGUGAGCGACUCCGCACAUUGAACACUAUGUGUCAUUAUGGAACAUGAAGACAGAAUCGGACCAAAAGGAGACAUCUUCCGGUCCCAUCCGGUCCAGGGAUGAAGGAUUACUCGGGACGGGUCUCUCGGAAGCCGUACAAAGGCAGAAGGUUGACCCCGACAAAGAGACAGAGAAUUUCUAACGCAAGACUGAACUCUCAUUGUGAAAAGCAUUUUCUUUUUCUCAAACUUUUCUAGGAUAAGUGAUUCCGAGAAGAAGUUCAAACCUAUGUUUUUGUUGUAAUUUAUUGUUUCAAGGAUGUGGUGUUCAUGGAACAGUGGCUUUUGUUCUUUAAAUUAUUACUGUUUCAGUGUCUGUCAUGUGUCUAGUCUAUUUAUUGAAAUAAAUAUUCACUUUUGCCAUAAAAAA